AUGCCGGCACUGGUUUGGAUACAUUUUGAAGCGCUGAGCGAUAUUCAGGCAAGAUGCAAAUAUUGUGCGGCUGUUCUUACAGUGACAAAUGGAUCGACAAAGGGUUUAUGGACACAUGUAAGCCGAAAACACAAACAAGAGCAUUUGACGUUCAAUUACGAGACGAAAGAGGCCGUCGAACAGAUUCAGGCAAUCGCUAAAGAGCCGAUCGUUCGCGGAAUUGCCUCUCGUCAACAAGCCGUUAAAGUUGAGUCAAAAGGGAAAUCUGAAGAAAAGCCUCCUCUUCCACCAAUCGAGAUCACGAAGAAAGCGGAGCCAAAACGAAAACGACGUUUGAAAUAUCGAGAGAAUUCAAUCGGUGCAAUGCUCAAAUCGGUACUACAAAGUGGCGAGCCGAAAACUAUUGACGAGAAAUUAAAUGAAACAAUUGAAAACGUACUUGCGAAUGGAUUAUUGAAAAAGGACGAUAAAGAACAAGAUGAAGAGCAAGCUAAAGAAAAGCUUGAUCAGCGAAAAAAUGCGGUUGUCGAAGAGCCACUUUUCAAGUUUUCUGUGAAAGAAGAGAUGAUUUCUGACUCCGAGGAGCCGUCAACGUCGAAGAAUUCCCACUCCGAUUCAACAAUUUCACUCGGUUCUACCCUUUCUGCGGCUUUUUACGUCGAAUAUCGAAAAACUUUGAAAGAAUUCGGCUACACGCUUUCGCCCGAAAUGGAACAAAGUGGAGGCGAACCGGUACCAGCAUUUUCCGUUUCUACCCUUAUUGAAGCGUUCCGCGCUACGGUCAGCCGCGACUACGAAAAGGCGAUCAGUUUAGUGCGAAAUACUGUGAAGAGUGGUCACGCUUUUACGGCAGAUGAUUUGGAGCUCCUCGAUCAUGUGUUUGCCUGUGUGUUGAACACUUCGCACUAUGACGAAACGAUGAUCGAGGUAUGCUGGGAAUGGAUUGAAGCUUUUGAGAGACCGCCACGCACCGUCGACGCUCGGGUUGUAGCUGGCAGCACCCUAAGCAUCUACUUUGCUUAUCAUACGGUUUGU